CGUCAGUGCAGUGAACGUGAAAUUUAUCAGGCAUGCCUGAUAAUCCGCGUCAAGCCAUUUAGGACACGCAUUCCUCUCCCGUUGAUCCACGAAAUUUGGGCAUUUAUAAGGUUCGCAAAGAAAGCUACCACGCUUUUCCCGUCCCUGUCGCUACUGCGUCUUGAGAUCUAGGACCGUCAUGUUUGGCCAGAGGACACAUGGCAGUAACCGAUUGGACGAGCGGCAGGAGGACGAGGACGAGGACGAGGAAGACGGGGAAGAUGAGGAGGAUGAGGCGCUUCUUGCGGCAGUUCAGAGCGAAUUCGGCGUGCCCUUCUCAGAAAGAAGCGCUCUCCCGGUACACUCACAAUUGCAGGGAAGACACCCGCUCUUGCUGACAGGUGGGGAGGUUAGCGGUUUAAUGGAGGAGGAAGAAGAGACAGAGGAAGAGGAAGAGGAAGACGAGGGGGAUGGGGAGGAAGGCGAAGGGGACGGUGAGAGGGGAAGGCGGGAUGUAGAAGUUGGAAGAAGGGCGCAUGUGGAGGAAGGGGAAGAGGAGGAGGAAGGUGAGGAGGAGGCGGAGGGGCAAGAGGAGGAUGAGGAUGAUAGAUUGCUCCAAUUGGUGCGUCAGAUGAUGGUCGUGAAGCCUGCCAUGUCAGCAGCCGCAGCCACGUCAGCAAUACCUGCCGCGUCAACUGUGCCUGCCACGUCUGCAAGACAGGUUGACAAGGCGUCAAGGGCAGGUCAAAAGCAAGCAGCAAACGUGCAACCGAAGCAGGCAGGGGCGGCGAGUGAUGUUCGGGAGGCAAGUGAUGUUCGGCCGGCAAGCGAUGUUCGGGCGGCAAGUACAGUAUUUGCUGCAGAGGACAGAAUGGGGGAAGAUGGGAGAUGCGACGUGCGUGAGAGAGCAGGGGAUGGAAAAGGAGUGCUAGGGGCAUCUGUGGGUGGCGUGAGGGCGGAAUCCGGGGGUGAGGGAUCAGAGGAAGCUGAGGGGUUGAGGGAAGGUGAGGGCAGAGAGGGUGAAUGGGGGGAAGGACCGGGGGGAGGGGGAGGAGGGGGAGGAGGGGGAGGAGGGGGCACGGACGAAGAGGAGGAGGAGACGGAGGACGAGGCGGGGGAGGAGGCGGAGGAUGAUGCUCUGUUGGAGUUUGCUCGGCAAAUAUGCAGCCUGUCCGUGCAGCGAGUGGGGUCAAGUCAGGGAAGGCAGCAAGUGGGGUCGGGCCUAGGAGUGCGGCAAGUGGGGUCAAGCCGAGGGGUAGAGAGAGGAGAUGGCGAGUCAGGAAGGGCUCUUGCGAGGGGAGGUCAGAAGGGGCUUGGGCGGGCAGGCCUGGCGCAAGGAGACGCAAGGAUUGCGGGAGGAGAAGAGGAUUAUAGGUAUGGGGAAGGGGAGUGGGAGGGGGGUGGUGUUGAUGGGGAUGGGGAGUGGGAGGACGGUGGUAUGAAUGGGGAUGGGGACGACUGGCUGCUUAACGAGCUUGAAGGGCUGCUGGGAGGGAGAGAAGGAAAGAGAAAGGGAGGAGAGAGAGGGGGAGGGAAGGUAGGAGAAGGAAAGGUGGGAGGAAACACAGAGGGGGAGGCAGGAGAACGAGGGGCAGGGAGGAGAGGGGUGGGGGGGAGGAGGGGAAGUGAGGAGGGCGAGGGGGGCAAAGGUGGAAGAGGGGGCGGAAGGGGCAGCAGGGGGAGAGGGAGAGGGCGGAGUGGGGAAGCGAGAAGAGGAGACAAGGGGGGAGGUGCGGAAGAAGUGGGGUUUGGGGGAGAGACCGGGGGUGAACAGGUAAGUGAAAACGCUGGGGGGAGGGGGAAAGGGAGGGGAAGGGGGAGGGGACGGGGGAGGGCAUCGGUUGCUGGGGAUGAGAGGGCGAGGGGGGGCGGAGAGGGGGAUGGGGGGGGGGAGGGAGUAGCAGGAGGACCGGGACGGGGAAGGGGAGGAACCUCGACCAGGGGAAAGAGAGGAGGGGCGGAAGGCGGAAGGGGCAGGGGAGGGGGAAGAGAGGGGGGAAGGGGAGGGAGAGGGGACGUGACUGGUGGGAAAAGGGGGCAGACGUCAGCAGGGGGCCGGCAGUUGUUGCUAGAAGGGGCUCAGAGGUCAGCAGGGGACGGUGCUGGGGCUAAUGCUGGCGAUGCUGCUGCUGCUGCUGGUGAUGACGUUGAUGGGGCUACCCCUGCUGGUGCCGGCGGCGCUAGGGAGGGAGGGGGCGCUGUGGGCAGAGGGAGGGGGCAGAGAGAGGAAGGGGCGUCAGGUGAGGGCGGAGUGAGUGGGGCCGGAGAGAAGGGAUUGCAAGAGAGAUGUGAGGAGGAAGAGGAGGUGGGGGAAGCUGUGGUGGUGGGCGGGUUCCACCUGCCCCAGGCAUUGCCUACUACUGGUGGCCUUGGGGGUGGUGAUGAUGUGGUUGAUGAUGUGGGUGAUGGUGUUGGUUAUAGUAUGGGGAUGCUUGGGUGGCAUGAGGACGAAAGGGGAGGAGAGUGGGGAGAUGCUGCGAUGCAACAUGAUGAUGUUGAUGAUGUGGCAUUGCCUCAUGCUGACGUGGCGCAGCUGAGAGAGCUGCAGAAGCUGACGGAGGCACGGAGGCAGCUGGAGCGACAGCUGGGAGUAAUUGGAAGCUUCCUCCCUCCUUCCUCCCGCCACGUGGCACCAGCUGCUGAUGCCCGCCCUGCUGCUACAGUUGACUUGGCUGCGGCUGUUGGCUCAGCUUAUAUUGCCUCAGCUGAUGUCGAUCCAGCGCAAGUGCCCGCUGCAACGGAGGCUGCUGCUGCUAAUGCUGGUGUUAGUAUGGCCAUUGUUGGUGAUGAUGCACGUGGUACUGCCACCCUGGAUGGUGCUGCUGCUGGUGCUGCUGCUGCUGCUGCUGCUGCUGCUGAGGCUGACAGUGUUGCUCCAGCUGCUGCUGGUGUUCCUAUUGGUGCUGCACACGCUGCCACUGUUCUGGAUCCCGGCACAGCACGCACACACGUGCUGCAGGCCGAGCAGCAUCAGCCAGCAGAAGCAGCAGCGGCAGAAGUGGAGGCAGGAGCAGCGGACGGGGCGGCAGUAGAAGCACCAGUUUUGCCAGCGUCAGCCCUACCAGGGGAAGAGCAAAUGAGAGUUGGAGGUGCGGCAGUGAUGGUUGGGGAAGCUGACGAGUGUAUGGGCGGUGCAGUAGGGGAGGGGGCAGUGGCAGCAGGAGCAGGAGCAGCAGGAGCAGGAGCAGCAGGAGCAGGUGCGGCAAUGGUGUUGGGAGUAGUGCCAGAAGUGGUGGCAGGAGAAGCAGUGUGGAAAAAAACAUCAGUCGGACCUCUCAGGUUCUCUACAGGUGAAACAGCAGAGGGUCAGGGGGGUGCUCUGGGGCCAGUGGAAGGCCAGGAUAAAGGCCAGGAGAAAGCAACAGAAUUGUGUGAACAAGUCCAUGCUGCUGGUGAUGACGCUGCUUCUGGUGCUGUUGCUGCUCCUGGUGCUGCUGCUGCUCCUGAUGCUGCUGCUCCUGAUGUUACUGCUGCUCCUGAUGCUGCUGCUGCUCCUCCUGAUGCUGCUGCUGCUCCUGAUGCUGCUGCUGCUCCUGGUGCUGCUGCUGCUCCUGGUGCUGCUGCUGCUCCUGGUGGUGCUGCUGAUCCUGGUGCUGCUGCUGCUCCUGGUGCUGCUGCUGCUCCUCCUCCUCCUGCUUCGGAACCUCCCAUCGAUCCUUCCUUCCUCUCUUCUGCUGACGUGGCAGCAGUCCGAAUCGCCCUGCAGGCCAACCGUCGCUGCCAGCUGGCGCUCCACGAUUUGCUGGCGGCUGUGGAGGCCCGAGAGGGGCAGGCUCGGGAGCUGCUUCGGCGCGUCAGAACCGUGGCUGGGUUCGAGGCCCGGGCAAGGAAGGCAGCCAAGAGAGUAAUAGGAGGAAUGGUGGGAGGGGCAGGAUGGGGGGUAAUAGCCGAAACAGGAGGAGGGGGAGGAGGGGGAGGAGGGGCAGGAGGGAGAGGAGGGGCAGGAGGGAGAGGAGGGGCAGGAGGAAGAGGCAGGGGAGGAGCAGAGGGAGGGUUAGCAGGAGCAGGAUCAGGAGCAGGAGCAGAAGCGUGGGGUAUGGGUGGGGUGGGAGGGGGGGGAGGGGAGGGAAUCCGAACCUACGGGGGCCAUGCAACAGAGAUGCUGCUGGUGAACUGGGCCAAGAGGCGGCAAAAGAGAGGCCGAAAACACAAGUACAGCUCGCUUGGGUUCGAUCCGUCGCCGCACGACCCCUCCAACCUGGAAGCUUCCUCCCGAGACAUGCCUUUGAACGAGGACUACCCGGUGUUUGAGCAGUUAAGGGACGUGAUGCCGCUGGUGUUUAGAGGGCGCAAGUGGGGGAAGGGGGAGGUGGGGGCGUUGAGAGAAGGGGUAGAGCAGCAGGUGCUGCAGGGGAUGAUUGAGGAUGCAAUAAAGGAGAGGCCGGAGAUCACCCUUGACAGGUCGCUCCUCCAGCGCACCAUAGCAGGUAUCAGAGCCCGCGAGCUCACACCAGAGGCCAUGCAUGCCGCCAUGCCGCGUGUUGAUUGGUCCACCGUGGCGGCUGCGUUUGUGAAUCCGGCCAAUAGGCGGCUGGGGCGGGGCCUGCACCUGAGGAGGACGGCGCUGGAGUGCAAGCUCAGGUGGUUGAAUGUGGACGACCCGAGUAUAACGUGGGGCGAGUGGAGCGAGAGGGAGGAGGAGAUACUCAAGGAGGUGGCUGAGAGCAGGGGGCUGUGCGGGUGGGAGGGGAUAGCAGAGGAGGUCAACAGGAGAGUGAGGGAGGAGGAGGAAGGGGAGGAGGUGGAGUGGGAGGAAGGAGGGGAGAGGAAGCGGCGCACGGCGCUGCAGUGCUUGAUGGGCUAUCAGAAGUGGUGGAACCCCCACGUGGCGCGACGCCAUUGGUCUGCAGAAGAGGACAGACAGCUGGCGGCGGCGGUGCGGCGGCACGGGGAGGUGAACUGGGCGGCAGUGGCUUUGGCUGUGGAGGGAAGGAGCGGCAGGGAGUGUUUACAACGCUGGCAGCAUCAUCUGCGCCACGUCAGCAGGGCGGCAUGGACGCCCGAGGAGAACGACAGGCUGCGAUUGGCCGUGGGCGUGUUUGGAACGCCCCACUGGCGGAGAAUCGCAGCACUGGUGCCGAACCGCACCGAGGUGCAGGUUAGGGAGCGCUGGUGCAACGUGCUGGAUCCGAACCUGAGGUUCGGUCCAUGGUCCGGCGAGGAGGUUCGGCGGCUGACCGAGGCGGUGGGGAGGUUUGGCGUGGGGAACUGGACGAAUGUGGCUGAUGCCUGCUGGCCUAGAACGGAUAGCCAGUGUAAGAGACAAUGGUUCAAGAUGCAUCCGAAAGGCGGGCGGCGGAAGAGACGGCGACUGGAUGACGUUAUAGAGGGGACGGAUGGAGCACUACCCUUUAUGCCAGCACCGCGUACAGUAACAGCUCCACAUACAGUCACACCACCGCACACGAUUCCAGGAACAAGUACAAUCACAUCAGCCCAAACAAGCUCACCAGCAGAAAGGGAACCAUCACGAUCUGGUGUUAGUUUGGGGCUUGAAGCACUUCCAUCACCAACUCAAGCAAGGCCACCAGCAGAACCAGCAGCAGCACCAGCAGCAGCACCGGCAGCAGCACCAGCAGCACCAGCAGCAGCACCGGCAGCAGUACCAGCAGCAGCACCAGCAGCAGCGACAGCAGCACCAGCAGAACCAGCAGGACCAAUAACACAAACACUACCACCAGCACCAGCAGCAGAACCACCUUCAGCAGCAGCAGCAGCAGCAACACCACCAACCAUAUCACAGGCACUAUUAGCACCAGCACCACCUGUUCGCACUCCUAGCUUUCCGCCAUCAUUAUGUCCUCUGGCGCCUACAGCCUCUGCUGCUCCUGCUACUUUGGUCGGCCCAGCGUCUGCCCCUACUGCUGCACCUCCGGCUUCCCCUCCUCCUGCCCCUGCCCCUGCUGCUCCUGUCCCUUCUCCCCCUCCUCCCCCUCCCCCUCUCUCUCGCCGUCGCCUUCUGAGAGCGCCAGGGGAUUCAAGGGGGCGGGGGAAGAAGGCCAGGGGGGAGGCGGGGGGGGGGAAGGAGGGGAAGCAGGCGGUGGAAGGGGGAGGGCGGAAGGGGAAGAAAGGGGGCACAAGGAGUCAGGGGGGAGAGGGGAAGGGGGAAGGGGAGAGGGGGGAGGAGGCAGGGGAUGGGGGAGAAGGAGAGGGAGAAGGAGAAGGAGAAGGAGAAGGAGAAGGAGAAGGAAAAGGAGAAGGAGAAGGAGAAGGAGAAGGAGGAUUUCUGGAAGGAGAAGGGGUAACUGCAGAGAUGCCAUCAUCCUCCCCCCGCAUCACCCUUUCACCAGGACAACCAGAGCCUCCCGCUCUCCCUCCUGCAUGGCCCCUUGCCCCCCAUCCUCCUCCCCCUGCCUCCCAUCCCCUAACCUUCAACCACGCUCUCCCUCCUCCUCCCUUUCCCCACCCACCGUUCCUCUUCCCCCCAUCUCUCCCAAACCAUCCCAACUUCGCUUCUCCUCCUCUGCUACACCCUUCCGUGUUACGUCCACCCUCGUUACGGCCUCCCUUUCUUCCCAUUGGCUGGAGCAUCCUGGAUCGGCCGUGGACCGAAGAGGUUCGGGCAGCAGCAGGCAGGAGGCUCGGUCGCCGAGCCAAGCAGGCUCGGACCGAGGCUCAGGCUCGGAACCUCCAGCAGAUGCUGCUCCUGCACUGGAUUAGAGGAGGGGGAAGGCCGGUAGUUAGGUAUGGGGCAGAGAGUGGAGGGGAGGGAGUUGGUGAGGGAGUGAGUGAGGGAGUGAGUGAGGGAGGAACGGGAGGGAGUGGAGGACUGGAAGUUGAAAACGUUAUGAGGGAGGAAGAAGGUGCGAGAGCAAGGAAGAAACGAAGGGGAAGAGUGAGAAGAGGAUGCGAAGCAGAAGGGCGAGAGGAGGAGGGAUCAGGGGUAGGGUGUGUGGAGAAGGGAAUAGUCACAUCACAGGGACCAGGGGUGGGACUGUCAGGACUGUCAUGUGGGGGAGUUGUGAAGGGGGGAGAAGGUGUGAGAAGCAGGAGAGGAAGAAGGGGAAGAGUGGGAAGAGGACCAGAAGUGGAAGGGCAAGAGGAGGGACCAAGGGUAGGGGGUGAGGAGGAGGGAAGAGUCACACCAGAGGGACCAGGGGGAGGACUGGAAUGUGGGGAAGUUGGGAGGGGGGAAGAAAGAGUGAGAGGCAGGAGAGCCAGAAGGGGGAGAGUGAGAAGGAGACACGAAACGGAAGGGCGAGAGAAGGGUUCAGGGGUAGGGUGUGGGGAAGAGGGAAGAAUCACAUCACAGGCUCAACUGGGGCAGGUGGAUGGGGAAGGGGAAGAGGCCAGAGAGAGACAGGAAGGUGAGGGGGUAAAUGGGGCAUUCAGGGGUGGUGGAGGAGGAGGAAGAGAGCAAGUGGAGGAAGGAAGUAAUGGUUGCAGAGAGGAGCAGCAAAGAGAAGGAGAGGCGGGUGAGCGGACGCUAGUGCAGGAGCAGGCACAAGAGGCCAGAGGGAGACAGGAAGGUGGGGAAUUCAGGGGUGGUGGAGAAGUAGGGGAGCAAGUGGAGGAAGGAAGUAAUGGUUGCAGAGAGGAGCAGCAAAGAGUAGGAGAGGCGGGGGAACGUCCUUUAUUGCAGGAGCAGGUACAAGAGGCCAGAGGGGGACAGGAAGGUGAGGGGCUAUAUGGGGCAUUCAGGGGCGGUGGAGGAGGAGAGCAAAUGGAGCAGCAACGAGAAGAAGAGGCGGGGGAACAUCCUUUAUUGCAGGAGCAGGUACAAGGUUCUGAGGCCCAGGCAGAGGAGACGGCUUGUUCUCUUGUGAUAGGAGAUGGACCAAGACAGCAUAGGGAUGGACCAGAGGCGGAGGAACUGGCUCUACUGCAAGAGCAGACACAAGAUUCAGAAGCAGAAGCUCGUUCUCUUGUGUCAGAGGUUCGGGACGGACCAGUGGCGGAGGAAACAGGUCCGGUGGUAGAGCGGGUGCGAGUUUCGGAGGCAGGGACACUUUUUCCUGCGGCAGCAGGUGGCAGGAGGGAGGGGAAUGCAGCGUUGCUGAGCGGGCCCCAGGUUCGAGUGCAGAAGGCUCGGAGCUGUGUACCGGUGCGGCGAUCCAGGUUCGGCAGAGGUGGCUCGGGAGAGGUUCGGGAUGGGGCAGGGUUGCAGGCGAGAAGGGGAGGAAUGCCCGUUGUCGCUUCUGAAAACGGCAAUCUGAAUGGCUUUGGUGCUGCCAUUGGAGGGGUUGGGUGCGGUGCAAAUGGUGGGGUUGCUGGUACUAGCAAUGGCGCUGCUGAUGAUGGUGACGGUGCUGGUGAUGGUGAUGCUGCCAGUGCGGCUGAUGUUGAUGGGGUGGCUAAUGCAUCAACCCUCCCGAAGAGACCGAGAAAGAGACGGGCUGACCAAGAAGAAAAUGUUCCAACAGGUUUGAGGAAGAGGCGGGCAGCGCCAACGGAAAAAGUUUCAAAUCGUGUGAAGAAGGCGAAAGGGGCAGCAGUCGUAGAGGAGAGUGGAGAGCCGAGGAAGAGGCAGGGUGAGUCUGAGAUGGCUGGAAAGGGUGGGAGAGGGAGGAAAAAGGGGGGCAUGUUGGGAGAGGGUGAGGGGGGUCGCAUGGGCGGUGCUGUUGAGGAGGGGGGAGAGGCAGGAACGGAAGGCGGUGAAGCAGCGGGUGGGGCAGGAGAGGGAGAGGGUGUUGAAGGAGGAGAGCGGAUGGGAAGACAGGGAGGAAAGGGGAAGGAGAGAGGAGCAGGAGGAAGGGGUGAUGGGAGAGGGAGGGGUGAAGGGAGAGGAAGGGGCCUUGGGAGGGGAAGGAGAAGGCAAGUGGUGGGGCUUGGUGAUGGCAGAGAGGUGGGUGGACAGGGCUACGUGAGAUAGCAGAGUUGCUGUAGCAUGGAGUUACAGUAGCAGAUAGGGCACAUCCGCAGCUGGGAAAGUACACCCUACGGAUAUAGGAAAAUGUCUAUACAGUAUAUGAUGACAAGCUGUAUGAUUGUACAAUCCAAGAACUUGCUGGUGGAAGUCUCAGGAGUUAGCAGAUGGAUUCUCUGUUGAAAACAGUGGGACACCUGCAAUAUGUGGCAGCAGAAUAGUGGUAGGUAUCAUUCUUCCUCUAGCAUGUUGUUGGGCUGAGAAAUGCCCUUAGGAUCUUUCCAGAGACUAAGUCCCAGUUGUAAAAGACUUGAGUAGUGCAG